ACAAUGGAACAGCCGACCGGUGAGCAAGAUGAGCUCAACCUUGAGCUCACCCUCCGCACCCCGGUCGCACCGGGCCCCGACGAGGGCUUCUUCCUCUUCAUGUACUGCGACCGUAAGCUCCGCAGCGCGCAGGCGCUCGGCGGCCAUCGGAACGCGCACAAGCACGAGCGCAGCGUCGCCAAGCGCCAGCGGCACAUCGCCGCCGCGACACGCGCACAAUGGGCGCAGUACGCCCCGCCGGACGAGGGGCCGACCCGGUACGGUGACAGAGGCGGCCACCAUGUCGUGUGUGCGGCUGAGAAGGCGAGGAGGACGGAGGCGCGGGAGGCUGCUGCUGCUGCUGGCGCUGGAAUGGCGGGUAAGCGUGGCAAUACUACGUCGGAGUACCGCACCAUCGAGCACGCGGACGAUGUGGACUUGACUCUCAGGCUAUGAUCGAUCUGCUCAGUUGUCCCAGAUCCCGGCCCAGUUUUCACACCCUGCUUUGCUAGUUGACCGCGCGCAUCCGCUAGCUGUUUCGGUAUGCCAAGGUUUUCUUUCGUGAUGCUUAUUUACAUGCGAAACUACUUCUA